AUGGAGCCUAGUUCCGGCUUGAUUGCCGGAUCCUACCGGAAAAACGAGCUCGUUCGGAUCCGACACGAAUCUGACGGCGGGCCUAAACCUAUGAAGAACAAUGGGCAGAUAUGCCAGAUAUGUGGUGAUGAUGUUGGGCUCAUUGAGACCAACGAUGUCUUUGUGGCUUGCAAUGAAUGUGCCUUCCCUGUGUGCCGUCCUUGCUAUGAGUACGAGAGGAAAGAUGGAACUCAGUGCUGUCCACAAUGCAAGACUAGAUACAGACGACACAGGGGGAGUACUCGUGUGGAAGGAGAUGAAGAUGAGGAUGAUGUUGAUGAUAUUGAGAAUGAGUUUAACUACGCUCAGGGAGCUAGCAAGGCGAGACGCCCUCGCCAAGGUGAAGAGUUUUCUUCGUCCUCUAGGCAUGAGUCUCAACCAAUUCCUCUUCUCACCCAUGGCCAUGCGGUUUCUGGGGAAAUUCGCACGCCUGAUACACAAUCAGUGAGGACUACUUCAGGUCCUUUGGGGCCUGCUGACCGGAAUGCUAUUUCAUCUCCAUAUAUUGACCCAAGGCAACCUGUCCCUGUAAGAAUCGUGGACCCGUCGAAGGACUUGAACUCUUAUGGGCUUGGAAAUGUUGACUGGAAAGAAAGGGUUGAAGGCUGGAAGCUGAAGCAGGAGAAGAAUAUGUUACAGAUGACUGGUAAAUACCAUGAAGGGAAAGGAGGAGAAAUUGAAGGGACUGGUUCCAAUGGCGAAGAACUCCAAAUGGCUGAUGAUACGAGGCUUCCUAUGAGUCGCAUAGUGCCUAUCCCAUCUUCUCAUCUGACACCUUACCGGGUUGUGAUAAUUCUCCGGCUUAUUAUCUUGGGAUUCUUCUUGCAAUACCGUACAACUCACCCAGUGAAAAAUGCAUAUCCAUUGUGGUUGACCUCGGUUAUUUGUGAGAUCUGGUUUGCAUUUUCCUGGCUUCUUGAUCAGUUUCCCAAAUGGUACCCCAUUAACAGGGAGACUUAUCUUGACCGUCUUGCUAUAAGAUUUGAUCGAGACGGUGAACCAUCACAGCUAACUCCUGUGGAUGUGUUUGUUAGUACGGUGGACCCUCUGAAAGAGCCUCCUCUUGUAACAGCAAACACAGUUCUCUCGAUUCUUGCUGUGGACUACCCGGUAGAUAAAGUGGCUUGUUAUGUAUCAGAUGAUGGUUCAGCUAUGCUUACGUUCGAAUCCCUCUCUGAAACUGCUGAGUUCGCCAAAAAAUGGGUACCGUUUUGCAAGAAAUUCAACAUUGAACCCAGGGCCCCGGAAUUUUAUUUUGCUCAGAAGAUAGAUUACUUGAAAGACAAGAUCCAGCCUUCUUUUGUUAAAGAGAGACGAGCUAUGAAGAGAGAGUAUGAGGAGUUUAAGGUGAGGAUCAAUGCGCUUGUUGCUAAAGCACAGAAAAUCCCUGAAGAAGGCUGGACAAUGCAGGAUGGUACUCCUUGGCCUGGUAACAACACUAGAGAUCAUCCUGGAAUGAUACAGGUGUUCUUAGGCCAUAGUGGAGGUCUGGAUACUGAUGGAAAUGAGCUACCUAGGCUCAUCUAUGUUUCUCGUGAAAAGCGGCCUGGAUUUCAACAUCACAAAAAGGCUGGAGCUAUGAAUGCCUUGAUCCGUGUUUCUGCUGUUCUUACCAAUGGAGCGUUUCUUUUGAACGUCGAUUGUGAUCAUUACUUCAACAACAGCAAGGCUAUUAAAGAAGCCAUGUGUUUCAUGAUGGACCCUGCUUAUGGAAAGAAAUGCUGCUAUGUCCAGUUCCCACAACGUUUUGACGGUAUUGACUUGCACGAUCGAUACGCCAACAGAAAUAUUGUCUUCUUUGAUAUUAACUUGAAGGGGUUAGAUGGUAUCCAAGGUCCAGUAUAUGUGGGAACUGGUUGUUGUUUCAACAGGCAAGCUCUAUACGGGUAUGAUCCUGUAUUGACAGAGGAAGAUUUAGAACCAAAUAUUAUUGUGAAGAGUUGUUGCGGCUCAAGGAAGAAAGGAAAGAAUAGCAAGAAGUAUAACUAUGACCAAAAACGGAGAGGCAUCAACAGAAGUGACUCCAAUGCUCCACUUUUCAAUAUGGAAGAUAUCGAGGAGGGUUUUGAAGGAUAUGAUGAUGAGAGGUCCAUUCUGAUGUCCCAAAAGAGUGUAGAGAAGCGUUUUGGUCAGUCGCCGGUAUUUAUUGCGGCCACAUUCAUGGAACAAGGUGGCAUUCCACCGACAACCAAUCCCGCUACUCUUCUCAAGGAGGCUAUUCAUGUGAUUAGCUGUGGUUACGAGGACAAGACUGAAUGGGGAAAAGAGAUUGGUUGGAUCUACGGUUCCGUGACAGAAGAUAUUCUUACUGGAUUCAAGAUGCAUGCCCGUGGUUGGAUGUCGAUCUACUGCAAUCCUCCACGCCCUGCGUUCAAGGGAUCUGCACCAAUCAAUCUUUCUGAUCGUUUGAACCAAGUUCUUCGAUGGGCAUUGGGAUCUAUCGAGAUUCUUCUGAGCAGACAUUGCCCUAUCUGGUAUGGCUACACCGGAAGGUUGAAGCUUUUGGAGAGACUCGCUUACAUCAACACCAUUGUCUACCCUAUUACAGCUAUCCCUCUCAUCGCCUACUGUAUCCUUCCCGCUUUUUGCCUCAUCACCGACAGGUUCAUCAUCCCUGAGAUAAGCAACUACGCGAGUAUUUGGUUUAUUCUACUCUUUAUCUCGAUUGCUGUGACUGGAAUCCUGGAGCUGAGAUGGAGUGGUGUGAGCAUUGAGGAUUGGUGGAGGAACGAGCAGUUCUGGGUCAUCGGUGGCACAUCAGCUCAUCUUUUCGCAGUCUUCCAAGGUCUACUCAAGGUUCUUGCGGGUAUCGACACUAACUUCACUGUCACAUCCAAAGCCUCGGACGAAGAUGGGGAUUUCGCAGAGCUUUACAUCUUCAAAUGGACAGCUCUUCUCAUUCCACCAACCACUGUCCUACUCGUGAACCUCAUAGGCAUUGUGGCUGGUGUCUCUUACGCUGUAAACAGCGGGUACCAAUCGUGGGGUCCGCUCUUCGGGAAGCUUUUCUUCGCCUUGUGGGUCAUUGCUCAUCUCUACCCGUUCUUGAAAGGUCUGUUGGGAAGACAGAACCGAACGCCGACCAUCGUCAUUGUCUGGUCUGUUCUUCUCGCCUCCAUCUUUUCGUUGCUCUGGGUCAGGAUCAAUCCAUUUGUCUCCGUCACUCCCAAUGCCAACAACUUCAAUGGCCAAGGAGGUGUCUUUUAG